UGUAUGUUAUGUGCAAGCUGAGGACUAGCUCUCUCUCUAUCCCAGCCUGCUGCCAGCCCCUGCACUUGUUUCCUUUGCCUAGGAUAGGAAAGCUGCGGAAGAACUAGGCACUGGGGUUGGCUCUUUCUAAGCUCUUGUGAUUGCAAAGAGGGAGGAGGAGUGUGGAGGAGCAGCAGCAACAGCAGCAGCAGCUUCAGACCAUUAAAACCAAGGAGACACCAGAGGCUUGUGCCAGGCUGUUUCUUAUCCAAGACACUGAGGCACAAGAGAAGAGGUCAUCAUCACAGCAGGGAUAAUGCAAGGUAAAAAGACCAGGAGCUCCAGUGCAAGGACUGCAGAGGUGCAAGGAGAUGAGGCUCAGAGGAAAAAGAAGAAAAAGAAGGCAUCAUGCUUCCUAAAUAUCAAGAUCUUCCUGGUGUCUGAGUGUGCCCUGAUGUUGGCACAGGGCACUGUAGGAGCUUACCUGGUUAGUGUUUUGACAACUCUGGAACGAAGAUUUAACCUGCAGAGUGCUGAUGUAGGAGUCAUUGCCAGCAGCUUUGAGAUUGGGAACUUGGCUCUUAUACUGUUUGUUAGUUACUUUGGAGCCAGGGGACACAGACCUCGCCUUAUUGGAUGCGGAGGAAUAGUUAUGGCCUUGGGGGCUUUCCUGUCUGCACUCCCUGAAUUUCUGACACACCAAUACGAAUAUGAAUCUGGGGAGAUUCGAUGGGGCGCAGAAGGCAGAGAUUUUUGUGCACUUAAUGGUUCCUCUAGUGAAGAUAUUCCUGAUCCGGAUAUAAUAUGCAGGAAUACUGCUACUACCAACAUGAUGUACUUGCUUCUUAUCGGAGCACAAGUCCUCCUGGGAAUUGGUGCUACUCCUGUGCAGCCCCUUGGAGUAUCAUACAUUGACGACCAUGUGAGACGGAAAGAUUCUUCCCUUUAUAUAGGUAUCCUGUUCUCCAUGCUGGUAUUCGGACCAGCCUGUGGGUUUAUUCUGGGAUCCUUCUGUACCAAGAUUUAUGUUGACGCUUUACUUGCUGAUACCAGUAAGUGCAUUGGCAAGCUAGAGAUAACACCUGAAGAUCCAAGGUGGAUUGGCGCAUGGUGGGCCGGUUUUCUGCUCUGCGGUGCCUUACUCUUCUUCUCUUCUCUUCUGAUGUUUGGAUUUCCUCAGUCUCUCUCUACCUGCAAGGAUAGUUCUGAGGAGAGUGAGCAAACUAUGCUUCCUGACCGAGAAUACGAGAGGCCAAAACCAAGCAAUGGUGUCCUGAGGCAUUCCUCUGAGUCAGGAGAAGGGAUGUCGUGCUUUCAGCAGCUUAAAGUCAUUCCAAAAGUCACAAAGCACUUGUUGGCCAACCCGGUGUUCACCUGCAUUGUUCUCGCAGCUUGCAUGGAGAUAGCAGUAGUAGCUGGCUUUGCAGCAUUCCUGGGAAAAUACCUAGAACAACAGUUCAACCUGACAACCUCAUCCGCCAAUCAACUGCUAGGAAUGACAGCAAUACCAUGUGCAUGCUUGGGCAUUUUCCUUGGUGGACUUCUUGUGAAGAAAUUAAGUCUGUCUGCCCUGGGAGCAAUAAGAAUGGCAAUGCUAGUCAACCUGGUUUCCACUGCAUGCUACGUGUCCUUUCUCUUCUUGGGCUGUGACACUGGUCCGGUAGCCGGAGUGACUGUUCCCUAUGGAAACCUCUCUUCUACAGGGUCCUCAAAAGAACGCACCCUACCCUGCAACACUGGCUGUGAAUGUCAGAACGAUUCGUUCGCCCCUGUUUGUGGUGCUGAUGGAAUCACCUACAUGUCUGCUUGCUUUGCUGGCUGCACGAAGGCAAAUUUGACUGGCUGUUUAUGUGUCAAAUCUGUCCCUGUGGAGAAUAAUACUGUGGUUCCUGGAAAAUGUCCCAGCCCUGGAUGUCAGGAGGCAUUUCUCACAUUCCUAUGUGUUAUGUGUGUUUGCAGCAUGAUUGGCGCAAUGGCCCAAACGCCAUCUGUUAUCAUCCUGAUCAGGGCAGUAAGUCCGGAACUAAAGUCCUAUGCACUGGGUGUUCUGUUUCUUCUUUUGCGUUUGAUCGGAUUUAUACCUCCACCACUCAUCUUUGGAGCUGGGAUCGAUUCUACAUGUCUGUUUUGGAGCACAUUUUGUGGAGAACAGGGAGCCUGUGCGCUGUAUGACAAUGUUGCCUAUAGAUAUCUGUAUGUCAGCAUCGCUAUAACCCUGAAGUCCUUAGCUUUUAUCCUGUAUACCACGACAUGGCAAUGCCUGAGGAAAAACUAUAAGAGAUACAUAAAAAACCAUGUGGGAGGGCUUACUACGAGUGAAUUUUUUGCAUCAACGUUGACAUUAGAUAACCUUGGUCGAGACUCUAUCUCCCAAAAUAAAACUAACAGGACAAAAUUCAUCUAUAACCUGGAAGACCAUGAGUGGUGUGAAAACAUGGAGUCUGUUUUAUAAUAAAAGAUGGGUGGACUGACUCUAUCUGUUGUCCACGCAAGAGAUUCUUUAUUUUUUAAAGGAAAACAAAUAUAUAUAUAAUUAUAUAAAUAUAAUUUGUUUCUUUUGCAUUGGACAUUGGAUGGUAUUUGGUUCAUAUGCUUAUUAAAAUGGUAUAAAAAAGGAAAAGUAGACAGAGAUAAAGCUGUUAGUUCUCAGGUCUUCAGCAUCUGAUCUUCCAGCAUGUUGGAAAUUGCAACCCGUCUAUUUAGCUUGUCUAAUGGAGAGCCCCACAGGCUCGUAAACUAUCAAAAGCUGGUAAGAAUCCAGCAUUGAAUUUAGUGGCAUCAUGCAUUUGCUGCAUUCUGAAGUGCAACCCAUUUGCUGGAUAAUGGCUGACUGUACCCUUUAAAUACUCUACAAAAUCUGCUCUCUCAUCGCUGUGAAUGGCAACCGGGCCCAGGCUUUACAAAAUCCUAAUCAAAGCUAUGACUUUCAAGAUAUUAAGAGAGCACUAAAAAAAAUCCAUGUUUUUAUUACUUCUACCUUUUUACUUUGACCAGAUUAUUGAUUGAAAUGUUACCCUGUACUGUCACACAAGAUUGUAUCCCAUUGAUAAGGGUUCAUAGAUCUCUGUUCAGUAGGACAUGAUUCCGUCUUCCUUUGCCAGGAUUUAAAAAUACUUGCCAUAAGCAGAGAAGGAAUCGUCAAAGGGGUCUGUUUUAUGCGUUACUAAAGAGUGCUCUUUUAAACUUAGUGUUAUUGUACGUUUUUUUUCCAAUUCAUACAAGAAAUAGAACACAACUGAAACCUUUGACUUGUAUACCAGCUCAUUCCCCUCUCAAUAUCUGCAGUUCUCAAAAUAUGACGAGUCUACAUUAUACUGUAUGUUCUUGUAGAAUUUAUGAAGCUGCACUUGUUCUUCACUAUAGUAAAACAAUGUUUCAUCCGUUUUUUUUUUCUUCAUAGGUGAUAAGGAGGAAGAAUGAAAUACUUUACAUUGUUUUUUUUUUGUUUUUUUGUUUGUUUCUUUUUUUUUGUCAUUUGGUGAAUUUUUUGAUGUUCUCCUUUCUAAUAUUUUUUUUUCCCCAACCAUUUUACAGAUUUGCUUCAAAGUAAUAGAUCAUACUCAUAUGCUUUCUACUAUUAAGCAUAAGAUUUGAAUAGAUCAUUAAUGUAUUAUUGGGAGGAAACUGGGCCAAUAAAGCAGCAUGCUGUGCUUUUGAGAUGCUCCAAAACUAAGAUGCAAAUGGAUGGAUCAGAUGUCGACUGAUGCCAACUUUGAAAUCUCAGACUUUGGCUGUGCUAACUUUUUAUUACAAGAAUCAAAAACAAUAUAAAAUGCAAGAGUAAGCAGGACUUUAAGAGGAAUCAAAGGGAAAUUCAUUGUCUGAGGAUAGAACGCUGGUUUACAAAUAAAGUGCAAUAUUCUGCAAUAAUAGGAGACUGAGCACUUUAAAUAUAUUUACUUUCUCAAUCCACUAUUGCUGGUACUAAAGGCAAGCUUUACAUCCAUUUUUUUUUACAUACACUGUUUCAAACAACUUGAUAGCCUAUGCGAUUCCUUACAUAUUUGUAAAUUACUUAAAACACAAAUAAAUCCUUACCCCACAACAUUUCUAAAGUCUUGGCUACUAGAUGUCUCACUUUUCUGCAAUCUGCAGUUCACUGCCAGUUGUAAGACUCAUUCGGCCUCUAGUAGCAGAAACACCAAGACAGAACACAGGAAUCAAGGAUAGGGCUUAACUAAUGCUAUGUGCAGGACAUAUAGAGCCUAGGCUGUGUACCUUCGUUAUGUGAGCCUCCAGAGGUUCCACACUGUCCCUUAAAGGUAAAUCAAAGCUUUGCUCUAAUGUCUGACCAUCUAUACAGUUUUGGACAGCUGUCCCUUGUGUUUUUACUGCUGUGUGUACACAGUGUUGCCCCCUGAAUGUAAUCUUCCUUUACCCUAUCAAGCAGCAGCUUAGUUUAACCUAUUCCUUACUGUGCUGCUGUUUUUAUUCUUUUCAUUUUUGCUCACAUAACACCUUAUAAAGCCAGUGCAUCAGUAACCUGUUCUCCCUUCACAUGUUAUCUGUAGUACUGUACCAUGAAACAUCCCAAGCAGAAUGCCACCCUGUUCAGUCCAGGGAGCUUUUACCAUCACUAUAUCAUUAAGGAGUAGGUUAUGUGCUGUGAUUAGCCAGACAACUAAGGGAAAUAAAUUUUUUGUAUGUGUGCUGCUGGCAAACAGCACAGCUCUGGUUCCAUCCCUGAGAGAAUGCAAAAUAGCUGUUUACCAUGAAGGGGACACUCAGGGGCUCAAUACCAGCAGUGAGAGCACUCAAAUAACCUUGUCACCACUCUGAAGGGUUAAUCCAACAAAACCAGGCAGGUUUUUGAAAAUGUUCUGAAACAACAGAUACGCUUUAUGGGCCACAUUUAUCAUUGUCUUUAGACAGUUUUUUUGUGUCUAAAAAAGGGGCAAAAAAGGAGCAAGAAGGGUUUUUGGGCCUUUUUUGCCCCUUUUUGUUUCCACAUUUCUGCUGAUUUUGAGUUGCAAUCCACAGAUUUUGGCAAUACACAUGAUAUGGAAGGGAUUUAUCAUUGCACCUUUUUGUAAAAAGGAGCAAAAAAAGAUGCAAAGUCACUGAAAAUUCUCUAAAACUACAACAGCCCAGACAUGGUGUAGCUUUUUGGUGUAUGUGAAGACCGAAAUUUCGGAAAAUGUGACCUGCACAAAAUUUAUCAAAUGUUCUUUGACCAUUUAAUAAAUUUGGUGCUCCUACACAUUACCAGCAUACAAAAAAAAAAAGGUGUAAAAAAUGCUUCACUUACACUACAAUGAUAAAUGUGGGCCUAUGUGUACAAGCAAGUCCAACACUGUUUUAACCGUUGAUUGAUUGUGGCAGGUAGGUGACUCUUAGACUAUGUUUACACAUUGCUUUUUGCACGUUCAGGUGUACGUUGGUAAAUUUUAACCAACGUUUACACCUAAUGGGGGACAUUUAUCAAGGUAUUUAGAUCCUUUCUUUGCUUACAAAAGUCGCUCAAAAAGCCGCACAUGCACCUAAGCACUUUUUUGUGCGACUUUUGUGGGUAAUCAAAAAGUUACAAACAGCCUUACCUAAGCAAAUUUCAGUUUUCACUUUGCAGUGGUCAGGUAUUUAUGAUGUGCGAAAGUCCCACGUAGACAAAAAAAGGUCACAAACCCCCUUCAAAAAGUCACAAAUCUGCUUGGACCUGGAGUACAAAACUCCCGUACGUGAGCAGAUUUAAAAAGUCGCCGCCACUCAUCUCUCCGCCACCGCCGCUCAUCGGGGAAGA